CAGUGGACAGUCUGAAUGACGGUCUGUGUAAAGUCCUGAUUCUACCUCCAUUGUUUAUGCACAUCACCACCAGGCACCCUAUUGACAGCGCGUGUUGUAUACCCAGUGAUAGAUAGAACAUUUUGUAUUAAUAAUGUCUACCUCAAGUUCAUACUCAAUGGAGACUAGCAAAGAACGGCAAGAAGCAGCAGCAGGGUCUGCACUGCCACCAGUACCACCGCAUGCAGCUGCAGACUGCUCAACACGUGCUGAAGAUCAUGACUCCGGAUCCGAGUCACAACCAACCACAAGUACAAGUUGUGACGUCGGACAAAAACGACGUUGCCUACAAAAUCUGAAGCGGAAACGACCUUGCCCCGUGUGCGAGACCGAAAAUGGUAUGGCAGCGCGUGCAUGCAGUGAGUGCGGAGAAGAUCUAAAGAAGCCAAAGCUGCCACUACGAAAGGAAAACUUUAAAACAAAGUUGAGCACUACUGCACUGAAAGCUCAUGUGGAGUCUCGGACAAACCAGUUGUGGGGAACCCAUAACACACACUGUGUGACCCUGUAUUACAGUCAAAAUCAGGUCAGGGACCACGUGACCAUUCAUGCCACACCUGGUGUUGGAGAAGCAGCUGUUGAGGCUGCUGGGAUGGAUCUAAUAAAUUUGUGGUCCAAACAUGUUGUAAGAGCUUUAUCUAAGGAAGGAGUACCUUCAUCCAAAGAAACUACUUCGACCUCUUCCUUCUCAUCUGCCCCCUCUUCCACUGAAGCUAAGGAAGGAGUACCUUCAUCCAAAGAAACUACUUCGACCUCUUCCUUCUCAUCUGCCCCCUCUUCCACUGAAGCUAAGGAAGGAGUACCUUCAUCCAAAGAAACUACUUCAACCUCUUCCUUCUCAUCUGCCCCCUCUUCCACUGAAGAACAUCACUCCUCAACAUCAGGUGCCAACCACCCAACUACAGGUGCAGUGAAAUGGUACCGGCUGUACAACAGAGAUGAUGCGCAUGUUGGUAAUGGACAUAAACAAGAGAACAUGACCACCAUCCACUGCCAUCCAGUCCCACCGGGAUGCAGAGUUUUUGAAGUUGUGGGACUGACGGGGAAGACACCAGUUCCACUCAUUCACCCGUUUAAUGGUGAACAUUUUAUGCAAAAAGGAAGCUUUAUUGCCUGGCCACUGACCUUGACCAAAGGCCAAAACUGA